UUAAGGCGGGGUUAGCCAAUUUAUUCUGUCUUUCUCUUCCACACACAAAACCCCAAAAAAAACCUCUAUCUCUUCCCCUUCUCUCAAAUAUCCAAAAUAUAUUUGAAUAAAAAAACAAAUCCAAAACCCCUGUGACUAAGAGAGCCUUAUCAAUGGCGAUUUCUUCUGGUAUUUUCUCAACUCUCUUUUCCCAACAAACGGUGUCGUUUCUCAACCCUUCCUUUUCCAGGCUUCUACCCUUGCCUCCUCCUUCUGCUAACCUGCGAAUGGUGCGCACCAUCACUUGUGCCACUGCUUCUUCGCAGCAACAGCAGCAGGAGCGCCGUCCUCGAGGCAUUAUGAAGCCCCGCCCCGUCUCCCCGGAAAUGGCUGACCUUGUUGGUGCGCCAGAAAUCCCUCGCACCCAAGCUCUUAAGCUCAUUUGGGCUUAUAUUAAGGAGCAUAAUCUUCAGGACCCUAAUAACAAGAAGAUUAUAAUCUGUGACGAGAAGCUGAAGAAGAUAUUUGGUGGCAGGGACAGUGUUGGAUUUCUUGAAGUUGCAGGAUUGAUUAGUCCUCACUUUCUCAAAUAAACUAGGAGGAUGGUUUUGGAACUGACUAUUUUGUGCACUGGCUAUCUUUUUGGGUGAGCGUGAAAAUCAAGCCUGCUGCUUUCUGCCAUUAGUAAUGUUUUUAAGUUUUAUUGGUGGAUAGAGUUUCCGGUAUGGAUUGCUCUAAUAUGUGUAGGUUUUCUGUGAGGAUAUUAGUAGGGAUUACCGGUUUAUGCUUUGUUAAACAUCCUUUAGUUUUGGUUAAAUUAUAUAUGAAAGUUAUAUUCUGGCUCUUUCGUCCGCUCA